ACCAGCGUCUCAGAACCCUCACGAACUCGUACGGGCUCAGACGCAUUCUCGGCACUCCGAGAACAGCGAGCGCACAUACUCGAAAGUCAGAGAGUACGCUUUUUGAUUAUUCGUGCAUUCGCUUGAAAUUUCCUACAUCCCGCUGGAUCCAGGUGAUCCAUCGGAAAACUCAGAUCCCUUGUUUUGUGAUCAGUGAUAAAUACGAUAGAUACGGCAGAGAGAGAGAGAGAGUGUGUGAACCUCAUCGUCAUGUCGCCGCACACGAGUUACACGCCGGUGAGCGGCAUGGAGUACGAGGAACCAGUGUCGCGCACCUAUCAGUACCGCAAGGUGAUGAAGCCGAUGCUCGAGCGCAAACGGCGCGCCCGCAUCAAUCGCUGCCUGGACGAGCUGAAGGAUCUGAUGGUGACCGCUCUGCAGGCCGAGGGCGAGAACGUGGCCAAGUUGGAGAAGGCUGACAUCCUCGAGCUGACGGUACGUCAUCUUCACACGUUGCGCGCCGCCAGGAGGCUCACUCUCACCCCGGAGAACAGCUACGCCGAUCGUUUCCGCGACGGUUUCACCCAGUGCGCCCAGGAAGUGUCGACCUUCCUGUCGACGCCGGUCGCCGCGGCGGUGCAUCCCGCCGCCGGCGCUCAGCUGAUGCGACAUCUCGGCGGCUGCCUUCGACGACUCGAGGGUCCGGCCGGCGCUAAACAUGCGCUCGCGACGGCGGCGUCGAAGACGACCACCAGCCAGACCAGCGUGCCCCAGAACGUGUACACUCCUCCGCAGAGCCCUGUCAGUGUCGCGAGCUCAUCCGGGGAGUCCUCCGAGUCGAACCCGGUCUGGAGACCCUGGUGAUUUGGAGAUCCUGGUUGGUUCUCGCGAUGAAGAUUCUUUCCUUCUGACGACGACGUAGCAAGGAGGAAAACAACGAAACGCCGUCUUCCAAACAUUGACAUUCUUGCGAGGCCCCUCGUUGAAAUUUCUCGACAAUUUUAUGUUCAUUCUUCGCAAUGGGGUUUUUUAAUCUGUCGCAUUGUACAUAGGUGAUACAGCUUUAAGUGACGUCUGUGAUAGGGUUUCAUUUUGUACCUGAGAUGACUAUUUUCUCAUAAAGAACAUAGCGAUUAUUGUAUAGAUGUUAACUUGUUAUGUUUAAGAAUAUCUUUUCGACGUAAUGCCGUUUGGCAUCAUAAUUGCGGCCCGACGGGUCGCAGGAUUAUCAAUAAAACGUCUUGUUUCAAUGAUAAA